AUGUCUCAAACAUUUACCCCCGCAGAUGUGGCCUCCCACAACACCGCCGACAAAGGCCUCUACAUCAUCGUCGAUAACAAUGUCUUCGAUGUCACCAAAUUCAUUGAUGAACACCCUGGCGGCGCAAAGAUCCUUAAGCGUGUAGCAGGAAAGGAUGCAUCCAAGCAGUUCUGGAAGUACCACAAUGAAUCCGUGCUGAAGAAGUACACACCUAAAUUGAAGAUUGGCGAGGUCAAGGACGCUGCAAAGCUGUGA